CGGGCCGGGCCGCUCGCCGCGCCCCGGGGCUCCGGCCGCCGCCCGCUGCCAGGUGUAGCCGCGCUAGGUGAGGCGGAGCGGGGGCAGCGGGGCAAGAUGAACAGCUCCGACGAGGAGAAGCAGCUGCAGCUCCUCGCCAGCCUGAAGGACCAAGCUAUUGGUGAAUAUGAAGAGCUUAGAGCAGAGAAUAAGAAAACGAAAGAGGAGUGUGACAAGAUCAAGCAGGAACGAGAUGAGGCUGUCAAAAAACUGGAGGAGUUUCAGAAAAUUUCUCACAUGGUUAUUGAGGAAGUAAACUGUAUUCAGAACCAUCUUGAGAUUGAGAAGACGUGCCGUGAAAGUGCUGAGGCUUUGGCUUCUAAGCUGAACAAAGAAAACAAGACUUUGAAAAGAAUUAGUAUGCUCUAUAUGGCAAAACUGGGUCCAGAAAUUAUCACUGAAGAGAUUAACAUUGAUGAGGACGAUUCAUCCACAGACACAGAAGCUAACUCUGGAUCAUGCAGUUCUGUGCAUUGUCAGCAGCAAAUAAAAGAGCUGCGAGAUCAAAUCAUAUCUGUUCAUGAGGAAAAGAAGACCUUAGCCAUUGAACUGGAAAACCUGAGGUGCAAACUUGUAGAAGUAAUUGAAGAAGUGAAUAAAGUGAAAGAAGAAAAGGCUGUUUUGACAACAGAAGUUAAUAAGCAGCAAAAACUGUUGGAGAAGUGCAACAGAGUGUCUGUGCUGGCAGUAGAGGAAUAUGAAGAGCUUCAUGUAAACUUUGAACUGGAAAAGAACCUGCGGAAGAAAGCAGAGUCAUUUGCACAAGAGAUGUUUAUUGAGCAAAACAAGAUGAAAAGGCAAAGUCAGUUGCUUCUGCAGAAUUCUGCUCCUGAUCAACAACUUUUGAAAGCUUUGGAUGACAAUGCUAAGCUAACCCACGCAUUAGAAGAAGAGAGGCUUCAACACCAACAAAAGAUCAAAGAAUUGGAAGAGCAGCUAGAGAAUCAAGCACUGCAUAAGGAGAUUAGUCGUCUUAAGCAGCAACUAGAACUUUUGGAAGAAGAUAAAAAGGAACUAGAGCUUAAGUGCCAGAACUCGGAAGAAAAAGCUAGAGACCUAAAGCAUUCAGUUGAUGAGCUCCAAAAACGAGUGCAGCAGUCUGAAAAUCCUGCACCACCUCCUCCACCACCACCCCCACCUCCUCUUCCUCCUCCACCUCCUCCCAACCCUAUACGGUCUCUCAUGUCAAUGAUUCGCAAGAGAUCUCACUCCAACACCAAUGUGAGCAAGAAGGAGAAACCUCCUCAGCAGGAGUCAGGUGAAGAAGUUACAGAUCUGAAGAGACAAGCUGUUGAAGAAAUGAUGGACAGAAUUAAAAAGGGAGUUCAUCUGAGACCAGUCAACCAGUCAAGCAGGCCUAAAACAAAGCCAGAAGCACCAAAGCCCUCUGAAAGUGCAAUGAAAGAAUUAAAAGGGAUUCUGGAAACACUGAACAAAUCCACUAGCUCCCGAAGUCUGAAGUCCCUUGAAACAGACAGUGGUGAAACGGAGCUGGAACGAGUUCUGCGACGCCGGAAAGUGACCACUGACCAGGACAGUGGCAGUCCCACUGGAAUCUUGGCCACAUCAGAAUCAAAAUCUCUGCCUGUGCUGGGCUCGGGAGCCAGUGCUGCACAAAGGGCCUUGAACAAGAAAGACCUGGAGACAGAAUUCGGUUCCAAAGUACCCGACUCAGGUCCUGUCUCUAACCAGCCUAAGGGUGUCACGGGCUCCAAGCCAACAUUACAAUCGACUAGUCUCACUGAAUUUACAAGAAAAGCUUCUAACAGUGAAAAAGAGACAGAAUCAGUUGUAGUUUUAGAUCCUGUUUCCACCAGAGGGGAUCAGACAUCUGAGAACGCGCUGAAUCCGAGCAGAGUGAAAGAAGAGAAAAGCAAGCAGCUGCAGAAAGAAACUAGUGCUGAGAAAAUAAAAGAAACAGACAGUUCUAACUGUUAAUUGUUACUCUGAAAGGCUGUAACUUUUGGGAAUCAUUAUCUGGAUGUGUAAAUGGCUUAGGUGUGCUACUAGGGGCUACUGUCUGUACUCCAGACCUCUCAAUAACGCAGAUUGAAACGGUCUUUUUAUGCAGUUUUGUUACAAGUGUUAAAUAAUGGUGUAUCCACACGAGCUCUCUUGAGGAAAUGAAAAGCACAAGCACAACACUUCCAUUCCAGAAACCCCAGUGGACAGUGAGCCCAAGGGCUGAGGAGCAGAGGCAGUGCAGCUUGUCAUCUUGGUACCAAAAGGUGUGGUGAGCACAGCCGGGAGUGUGCAGGUUGCGAUGGGUGCUCUCAUUUGGAUAAAAGCUUUUCAAAGGAGGAUUUACCUCCUGGUUUUUGUUUUAGGGUUACAUAAGCAAAGUUUGGAACUGCUGUAACUGCACCCUGCAUUUACUGCUGCAAAAAGAUUAACUUAUCCUGGGCCUCUGUGAAUGAGGACUAGAUUGGGGAAUCAGUCAUCCUAGGAUUGCAAGUGACUUGGAAUCAACAUUUUGAGAACUCCCAGCUGAAAGCUUGCAGCACUAACAAAUAAGCCUUUGCUGUGAGCCUGGUACACACUGGUGGAGUGAAUUUCUUUAUUAGGUAACACUUCAGAUAUUUGUAUCUGAUGCCACAAAUCCCAGUUUCCCUCAGCCCUUCUCUCCCAUGAAGGCAGUGAGGUGGGCAUGUAACUGACUUGCUCCACUGCCAACUCACAUUCCAUUGUAGUCUCCUUUUAAAUUCAACACAGUAUCUUGUUCUUUUAUAAUGAGUGAACAAAUGUAAUCAGGGAUUUACCUAAAGAUGGGAGUAACUGAAACUGGCUGGUCAAGUACUUGAAUGCACUUGGGUUAUUUUUUAUUUAAUGAUUUGAAACAGUGAUAGUAUUGAAGGAUGAAUGUUCUGAGUUUGCUGGUUUGGCUCUGCAUGCAACUUUCUGGUGCUCUUCCUAAAAAUAAAAUUCUAGCAAUGAG